AUGUUGACCUUCAGGAGAGCUUUGAUAGCUGCGGCUUUCUUCCUUACCAUGAUAUUUCUGGUAACACGAACGCACAAUCAACCUACAUCAAACAACAUAUUAUUACAAGAUACGAGUAUACCAAAAGCAGGAGAGAAGGAGGAAGCGGAUUCGGAAAAAAAGCCAGGCUCAUCAGCCUCGACAAAUGCGGUUCCAUCUACACCCAAAAAGAAUACUCAAGUCCCCCAAACACUAUUACAAGAUUUGUCAAGAGCGCCUUUACGAGAAAAGCUCGCAUAUCAAUUUCCAUACGACGUAGAGACGAAGUUUCCGGCAUACAUUUGGCAGACGUGGAAAUACACACCAGCAUCUGGAGAGUUUGGGGAAGCCUUUCGUCCUGCGGAAGCAAGUUGGUCGGAAAAGCACCCGGGAUUCGUACACGAAGUCAUCACCGACGAAGUCGCAGUCCAUUUGCUAAAGCAUCUAUAUGCUUCUGUGCCAGAAGUUUUAGAGGCUUACAAUUCCUUACCUAUGCCAGUUUUGAAAGCUGAUUUCUUCCGUUACCUAAUUCUGCUGGCCAGAGGUGGAAUUUACUCCGAUAUUGAUACCCACGCAUUGAAACCUGCCCCGGAAUGGCUUCCCGAGAGUGUGCCACGCGAAGCUAUUGGAUUAGUAGUUGGCAUUGAGGCAGAUCCAGAUCGUCCAGAUUGGCAAGAAUGGUACUCUAGAAGAAUUCAGUUUUGUCAAUGGACAAUUCAAGCAAAGCCUGGACAUCCUGUGCUCCGCGAGAUCGUUGCCAAUAUUACUGAACAGACUUUGGACAUGAAGAAACGUGGAACUCUCAAGAAAUUUGAUGAUAAGAAUGUUGUAACAUUCACCGGCCCCGCUUUGUGGACAGAUACUAUUUUCGACUUUUUGAACGAUGAGAAAUAUUUUGACAUGACGACAAGCAAGGGAAACAUCACAUGGAGAGAUUUCACAGGCAUUGUAUCAGCAAAGAAGGUUGGUGAUGUGGUUGUCUUGCCUAUUACGAGUUUCAGUCCUGGAGUUGGACAAAUGAAUGCAAACGAUUAUGAUGAUCCUAUGGCUUUUGUGAAGCACGACUUCGAAGGGUCGUGGAAGCCUGAGAACGAACGACAUGUCGGGGCGAAUUAA